AGUUUCAUUCCGAUCCUCUGUCCUGGAGGUAUAAAUAACUCUGUCUACGGAUAUAUAUUUCAAGAGACACUGAAAACUAAAUGUCGUCGUACAUUUCGCGCCUUCUUAAGGCUCCGUCUGCCUCCAAGCGCCUCAUCUCGAAUUUGACGCAAAGAGAGGGCAAACUGAGCUCUUUGCUGCGCCGCCUAGGAUUGCAGCGUCAGGGAGGAGCACAGGCUGCUCCUGGACCGCGUCCCAUAUCCACAACCCAGGUGCAAAAGUCUGCACUGAUUGAGGACGAUGAACUGGUAACCGGCAUUCAGAAGCGCGAGUUGCAGUUGGCCAAGCAGGGCUGCGAAGAUCCCUGGGGGUUUUCUAAGGUUAUUAGGCGUGGCUCGGGGCGGGAAAACGAUCCAACAGUGAUUCCAUCGGCAUUCGAUGCCCGCCUCGUGGGCUGCUUGUGCCUGGACGACCGCUUGCCUAAGUGGAUGUGGCUCGAGAAGGAUGAGGGACCCAAGCGUUGCGAGUGUGGCCACUUCUUUGUACUAAAGAACGUGCCACCGAUCUAGAUCGAUCUCACAGAGCGCUGUACUACGACACGGGAACACACUCGACAUGAAGCUCGCCGGGCAUUAAACAUUGCAUGAUAUUAUCAAAA